AUGGCGAGCUUGACGGCUGGCGGCAUCAAGUCAAUGGGAGAGAUCUUCGGCGGCGACGCCUCCGCAACUGAUCAAAUCAAAAACACGUGGCUGCACAUGGCGUGCGCGGACAACGUCGUGAAUGUGAAGCAUUUAGUGGAUUGGGUGACGUUGGAGGAUGGCGCCGCGGAGCAAUUAAACACAGUCGACGUGCAUGACACCAUGUGCGGGGGCAACUACAUGGCGUUGCCAGCCCCGUUUAGGCCCAACAAGGCUCAUGGCGAAAUCGCCUUCACCAUGCAGCUGCACAUCUUGCCGAAGGACGCGAACGGCGAGCAGCACGCGCUGAAAAACGUCAGGUUCGACAACAAGGUUCGGACCGACAUUGCCAAGGAUAUCUUCGUUGCAGGCAGGGCGCUCACCAUCCACUGGGAGAGUUCGGCCGACACUAAGACGCCACUCAAGCUCUUUCACUACGUGGUGGACAGGCUGGGCGGGGUGCAGAUCCGCCAUUGGGUUCGGCCGUCCGCGGCCGCCGCCGUCGGCGGUGGCGGUUGCGACGAGGAGAAGCGAAGGGCGGGCUAUCGUUUCAUAGAGGAGUUCGGCCCGAGGGCAAACAACCGCAACCAGCUCAUCAACGACGAGAAGUCGCCGACCUUUGGCUGGCAAGUAUCGGAAGUCAAGGAGUCGCUCCGCAGAUGCGCGCCGGGCUCUGUUGGCGCGAGGACACUCGAGCGCUGGGCGAUCGCGCUCAAGCGCUUCCACCCGUUCGUGUUCGACAACAUCGUCGUCCCCAUUCUCAAGAGCCACGACGUGCACGGGGCCAUGUGGAUCGGCAAGACCAGGAUUGAUAAGAAUAACCGCACCGACCUCCGUCCGAGCGUCGUCACGACGAAGAAAAUCGACUUCUGGCGGCUCGAGCCUGGAACUGCGUGCAAGCCCGCUAUCGCGGACGACGCCGUCCUCACGAAGUGGGCCCCCGAUGGGAUCAAGGCCUUCCUGGGCCCCGCCGAGGAGGGCGCGCUGCUGUGGGCGAGGUGGGGCGGCGCCUCCUUCGAACAGAACCAGCCCCGCCAGAUCUGCGUCAACCCCUGCGACCAGGAGUCCGGGAAGAAGGUGCGUUCCAUCCGCAGAAGCCAACAAGUGAUCAAAUUCGACGACUUCCUCAAAAUCAUAGAUCGCAACUUCGCUGGCGAGAAGCAGUGCGACUGCCAGAUGGCGGACGUGGAGGCGUGCGUGGCGAGGUCCAACAUCGCGCUCCUCACUGACGACUGGAUGCACCUGUGGCUGGCGUCUACGACUAAGGAUCCAGUCCCCCGCUUCCCGCGGCCAGUGCCCGAGAAGCCAGACCUCUUCACGCCCGAGACCACCCCUUUAUCCUGA